AUGGCCGAGAAGCUGUCUAAAGAGGAGGUGGCAGAGCUGCACCAGGCCUUCUCCAGGUUCGACAAGAACGGGGACGGCAAGAUCAACACGGAGGAGCUGGGCGACGUGAUGAAGGCCGUGGGCCAGAACCUGUCCGAGGCUGAGCUGAAGGAGCUCAUCGCCCGGCUGGACACCGACGGCGACGGCAUGGUCAGCUUCCAAGAGUUCCUGACAGCCGUGGCCAAGAAGAUGAAGGGGGGCGGCACCCAGGAGGAGCUCCGCGCCGUCUUCAGGGCCUUCGAUCAGAACGGGGACGGCCACAUCACCGUGGAGGAGCUGAAGCAGGCCAUGGCCCAGCUCGGGGAGCAGCUCUCCCAGGAGGAACUGGACACCAUGAUCCGGGAGGCCGACAGUGACAAGGACGGCAAGGUGAACUACGAGGAGUUCGUGGCCAUCCUCACUCAGAAGUGAGGCUCCCGGGGCC